GUUUUCAUGCCAACUUCAACUGAAUUUUUAUCCAAGUCGAAACGAGAAGAAUGCUGGAAAUCACGUGAUGCUUAUUGGGAGUGUGUUACUAGCCUAUCCUCGGAAAAUCCUCAACCUGAUGAAAAACUGAUAAAACAACGAUGUGGUAGUCAAAGAAAAGCUUAUGAAGCUUCUUGUCCACAAACAUGGAUCAGCCUAUUUGAUAAGAAAAAAGAUUUUGAAUUAUUCAAAGCAAAGAAAUUUGAAGAGCGGUUGAAACAAGGUAUUAGUUGAGUUUGAUAAUUAUGCGUUGGCCUGAACUGAUAAUUUGCAAAUUUAUCCUAUUGUAAUUACGCAAUAUUAUGUGUGUAUAAAGAUAGAUAUACACAUAUUUAAUACAAUAAAAUAACUUACUUUAGAAGAUCUGGAUUUCUCCGAUGACGUAUGUUUAAUGUCACACAAACUCAAAGACUUCUAGGCGAAGACAAGACUCCAGGUGAACAUAGAAAAGACGGAGGUGAAGAAGAUAAUCAACAAACAGCACCAAUCACCAUCAACGGGACAGAUUUAACAGGGAUUGCAUGCUCCACUUAUAUAGGAAGAGUCGUUUCAACCACAGGCAGAUCAUGUCAGCUCACAAUGAAAUCCUUCAACCAAUCACACUAAAUCCC